CAUCCGUAACACUCCCAAUAUUUGCUGUCUGUCUUUUUAACUGUGUCUUCAUCUUGUUCCUGUUUGUCUCUUUCUCUCUCUCAUUACAGGCUCUGGUGUGGAGAGUAUUCUGAAGGGAAUUCCUCUCUAUCUGAUAAAUAUGUAAUGGAUGAAUCAGCCACAUUUAGAUCCUCAUUCCUCAUCUGCCUCAUCACAGAAAGACCUAAAAAAGGAUCUAGCGGCCGUCAGAAUUCUGCUCCUUCAGCAAGGGGACUGUCCAGUUGAGGAUCACGUCUGUGAAUUUCUAGAGCUGGCAAAUGUAGUGCAAUAUCCAGACCGCUCUGGUGGCUUUCUUCCAGGCCGGUCUGAAUAGUGCACUGAGGGAACUGAUGCCUCCGGCUGAUCCUCACUGGACGCUCGGCGAAUAUGUGGAGAAGGCUCUGGAACUUUGUGGUUCCCUUUAUACAGUGGAUUAUGGUGGGAACCCCAAGCCAAAACCUGCAUCCAUGGCCCCUGUCUCAAAGUUGUAUGAUUUGCCACUGAUGUCAGUGCGUAGGGUCAUGAAGACCCUACCUCGCAAAUUACCAACGCGCCCAUGCCUGCCAUGGCCAACACGCCCACGCCUGCCACGGCCAACGAGCUGGAAGCCUCGUCCGUCCCAGAGCCAGCGUUGCCAGCCUCGUCCGUCCCAGAGCCAGCGUUGCCAGCCUCGUCCGUCCCAGAGCCAGCGUUGCCAGCCUCGUCUGUCCCAGAGCCGGUGUUGUCAACUUCGGCCAUCCGGAGGAGCAGAAGAAAAGUUGCCGUUCCCGAGUCUCUGCCCACGGAGGCCGUUCCCGAGUCUCCGUCCACAAAGGCCGUUCCCGAGUCUCCGCCCACGGAGGCCGUUCCCAAGUCUCUUCCCGUGUUUGCGACCACAGAUGUCGUUUCCCAUUCAUCCAGGACUCUUUGUCUUGAGCUUGCCACGGCUCCGCCUUCCACGGCUCCGCCCCCAGAGCCUGCCACGGCUCUGCCCCCUCCCCCAGAGACCAUUUCCCCAGCGGCUCCGCCCACUCCCCCAGAGACUCCUCCUACAGUGGCUCCGCCGCCUGACCCAGUCCCUGUCCUGCGGCCGCCUCCCAGGCAUCCUGACCCUGUCUCAGUCCUGCGGCCGCCUCCCAGGACACUGCCUGACACAGUCCCCACCUCGAGGUCAUCUCCUUGGUCUCCUGGCCGUCCGCCUGAUCUGCUUUGGUCUCCUGGCCAUCCGCCUGAAAAGCUCUGGUCUCCUGACCGUCCGCCUGAAAUGCUCUGGUCUCCUGGCUGUCCGCCUGAUCUGCUCUAGUUUACUUGGUCCUCCAAGCCUGCAGCAUCGCUCUGGCUCUCCGUCCCUCUGGCUCCGCCUUGGUUUCAAGCCUCCCUGACUUUGCCUUGUUCCUCUGCUCCCCUUGCCCCUUGUGCCCCCCUGAACUAUCUGUUUUCCCCCACACUCCAUGGACAAUUUGUUUUUGUUUUUUGGAGUGUCUGGAAUCCGGCUCUGUCACAUUCCCUGUUUUUGUGUUGACUUAAGUUGAAAUUCUUGUUUAGUUCCUGUUAGUUUGUAGUCCUUUUUUGUAGUUUCAUUUUAUGAUUGGUGUUCCUUGUUUCCCCUGGUUUCUUUGUCAGUCUUCACAUGUGUUAUGUUCUAUGCUUGGUUUCCUGUGUUUUUGUUUCAUUUUAUUCUGAGUUACUUUGUUCAUCUUUUGUUUUUCAUUAAAGCCGCAUGUAGAUCCUCAUUCCUCGUCUGCCUCGUCACAAUGGUAUUACCAUCACUGAACUUUUUU